CUAGCUAAUCUUCUCUAAAAACGUUGCCAUGGACACAAAGGAAGGAUUUUUAAAAAUUAAAACUUAUCAGUUGUUAUUAAUCAGACAUCCAUGUCCCGUUUUAAUAAUAAAUAAAGUUAAUUUGAAGAAUAUAAAAUAAGUAAACGGAAACAUUUAAAUAGUUUACGUCAGACAGAGGUACGUCUAGUUCCUAGAUUGUCACGCACCCGGAAGCCUGUGAGUGGAAAGCUUGUUGUACGGGCUGACAGGUACUCUAAGAGAGGAGGAGAGACAGAUAGGUGAGGAGCUCACCUGCCGAGAACACCUGUGGUGUGGACUCCGUGGAUGGAAGUGUGGGUCUCAGCUAUGGGACCUGAGCGAGUGUUGCCGAGUUCAGAGGACGACCUGGGGGAGGAGGAACGUCCUGUGGACGACGUGCUGCAGCCUGGGGGGGCUGUUUGGAGCGGGGGUGAGGAUGGAGGAGAAAUAGAUGGAGAGGAGGAAGAGGAGGUGGCUUCUGGAGAGUACCAUUACCAGCCUCUGAACCAGGAGCCGGAUGGCCUAAACGGCAUGGAACAGCAGGAGGAGGAAGAAGAAACUGGGGGUGUGGAUGGCUCCUCCCACGCUCAGCAGCUGCAGCAGGUGCAACAGAGGAUAGAGGUGAUGGGCCUCCACCUUCCAGAAGCUCCACCUCCAGACAGCGAGGAGGAGGAGGAGGAGGACGACCCAGAAGGAGCGGCGGCCCUGAGGAGCCGAUCUUCCAUUCCCAUGGAUGCAGACCAUGUGGAGCUGGUGAAGAAGACCAUGGCGGCUGUGGCGCUGCCUUCCCUCGGCGUGCCACCAUGGGCCCAAGAGAUCUCAGAUGACCAGUGGAAGGACAUGGUUCAGCACACACUGCAGACCCGGCAGAGUGCUGCUGCCCUGCGUCUGCACCGCCGGGGAAAUGUCCCAGGACCCUGAAUGCACCAUGCCUACAUAAUGGACGCUGAAUGCAACAUUACCUACAACAGACAGUCUUAACCCCUCAAACACUAUAUUAUGUUUCUUUUAAUAGGUGUCACUCAACGCACCAUCACCUGAUUUCUGUAGUGUACCACAAAUGUCUUUUCAGCAGGUCGUCAAGGCAGCAAAGCUAAGCUUUACAGAGGGAUAAUGCACCCCCUCCCCCAAACUCCCAUGAUGCUUGACCUACAGAACUAUGUGGUACCAGACUCAGCAUGAACAUCAGGGGGAUCAGAACUGAGGAGCUUAUUCAUUCCUGGACAAUUAUUGAAGUCUUUAAUAUUCUAACACUGAUGACCUUGCGGAAUAAACUAACAGGAAGUCUUCAGUGUU